CGCUGCCGUAAAGCGCGGGGUGUUGACAGCGGCCGGCGGAGCAGGAACUCGGCCCGGCGGGACGCGGAGCCAUGAGCAGAGCCGGGAGGGUCCCGGGCCGGGGGGCGGCCAUGGCCAGGCAGCUGGGGCUGCUGGCGGCGCCCGGUGCCGGUGGGAACGGGAACGGGAACGGGAACGGGGACGGGGAGGCGGCGCUGGAGGCGGAGCUGCUGCGGCUGCUGAGGGGCCGGGACGGACCGGAGAGCGGGCAGCGACCCCCGCCGACAGAUGUGCAGGCCCUGGCCCAGCUGUGCCUGCAGGACCCCCCCGAGGAGGAGGAGGAGGAGGAGGAAGGGGAGGAAGAUCUGGAGAAUGAGGAGUUGAUGGCAGAGCUGCAGGAGGUGCUGCAGGAGGGGCCCGAGAGCAACGAGAGCACCGAGAGCACCCAGAGAGCCCAGGAUCCCGCGGGGGCGCUCUUGGCCGAGCUGUCGGAGCGGGCGGAGCUUUACCGGGCCGCCAUCGCCAACGCCGGCACCGGGAACGGGAGCGGGAGCGGGAGCACCGGGAACGGGACCGCGGCGCGGCUGCGGCGGCUCCAGCGCGGCCUCAAGGUGGGCCCGCACCGGCAAACCGGGCUGCCCCCGAAUCCCCCGGUUUUGCCCCAAAUCGGCCGCUUUGGCACCGCUUUAGGCUGCUUCUGCCGGUUCUGA